CGACAAUGCCCGCAACCAGUGUAGGCGGGCUAAAAUUUUAAAAGCUGAACCUCGGGCUACACUUGCAAGCGCCUUUUUCCAUACCCAUCCUUACGACUUCAUCUACUACAGUAAUCUGCCAACUCGCGCAUACGAGUAUUCCAUUUGGAUAUCAUCUAUCAUGACUCAAUGCGAUAGUGGAGAUAUGUUAGUGCUGCCGGACGGAAUCGGCAUACGGAUGAUGAGAGCAUCAGAUAUGCCACAAGUUCGAGCACUCCAUACCAAACUCCUCCCAAUCGCAUACCCUACCGCAUUCUUCGUGCAGCUGCUCGUGCAACCUCAACAUAUGUGUGUGAUAGCCACGUACGACGGCAACGUCGUAGCAUUUGCCUCUGCUCUCAUGGAGACGCGGCAUUCGACGCCAGGGGCGCUUGGUUCGUGUGGGGUUCAGGAUCGACCCAGUGGAGGAGGCGCUCUGCGGGUUACCUUGUUGACACUUGGGGUAUCGCCCGAGUUUCAACGACAAGGGAUCGCACGCAGACUCGUACAUGAAGUCGUGCAGCGCCUACGAUCGUCUUGCGGAGUCCCUUCCCCUUGUCAUGAAACAUCUCCUGCUCCAUCGCUCUCAGAGAGUGAGUCGACUGACGCAGUGAUUCUACGCGCAGAGGUAGCGCGCAACAACUCGUCUGGACAGUCUUUUUACUACCACCUUGGGAUGAAAAGACAAGCGGAAGCGGAAAAACAGAGCAGUUUUGGUUCGAAGGCACAUACGUGGACGCGCUAGCACAAGCUAUACCCGUAGCAAAUCUAGGUUUGCUGUAAUGAGCAUCUGGCAUUCGCGAUUGCUUCUUGCUUCCGCUGGAAGCACGAGAGGAUACUAAAUGACGACAGCUUGCGAACUGGGGGACUAAAUUUAUAUAUAUGAUAUCAGCUGCAGAUAGCGGUCGAGGCCUGGAUGGUGAAGAUCCGGGGUACACCCACCUGACUAAAAUUCUUGAAGUCGCGAUAACCUGCUAUUUCAUGGUGUUCAACCAGCUAACCAGUUGAAGAGAGGGUUUUGCCUUAUCAAAUUUUUUAUCAAAAUUAAUUGAAAGAGCACCCAUGGGGCACUAGAAUCCAGAGCAGACCGGAAAGGGGAAAGUAGGGCGUUAACUGAGAUUCCGCAAUUCUGGCACUCAUCAGAUAAGAAGUGAUGCCAUCCUGCUCAAAACCUGCUA